UCAAAAUGAUUAUAAAAUUUUUUAAAAUUUGCCUUACAUCAAAUUUCUUCCAACAAUUAUCAUCAUCUUUAUGUUUGGUCAUCUAUUUAUUAUUUUUGAAUCUGGAUCAACGAAAAUCGUCGACAGUUGUUGAUGCACAGCGACAAUAUCAUAUUGGAGCCGUACUCAGUUCUGCUGAGCAAGUUGUUCAAUUUCAAAAGAUCAUCGAGGAUAUAAAUUAUGAAGGUGAUAUUUUACCGUAUGGCGUAUCGCUCCAUGGCCACAGUAUACUUAAACAAACAAAUCCAAUUGAUGAUACCAGAAAUUUAUGCCAUAAUCUGAUGCCUUUCGAGAUUUAUGCCAUAAUCAUUGAUGAUACGGUUCCAUCGAAUGCCAUUACAUUCACAUCAUCAUUACAUAAUAUUCCGACUAUUGGCCUAGCCAAUCGAGAAUGUCUAUUCUCAGAUAAAAGUCUUUAUGGAUCGUAUAUGCGAACCACACCAACUUAUUCGAAUCAGGCCGACGUUUGGAUGCGAUUGCUCACUCAUCUUGAUUUUGAAUGUGCUCAUUUCAUCGUAUCGGAUUCGAUCAAUGGUCGCGAUAUAAAAACACAGUUUAUUACAUUAGCCGAUAUCAACAAUCUUGAAAUAGAAUCGAUUAUUGAAUAUGAUUUUUCCAGGCCAAUUCUUCGACCCGAUUUGGAAGCGAUCAAAGAACGGAAUUCAUCAUGUCGAAUAAAUGUUCUCUACGUUGAUGACUACAAUGCUGAAAAAGUGUUGUCAGAAAUAAUAGGGUUAAACAUUACAGGAGCUGACAACAUAUGGAUAGUUUCCGAACAAGCAUUGUAUGCGCCAAAUCUACCCAUUGGCUUCUUGGGAAUUCGAUACAAAGAUCAAAGUAAUAUCCAAUCGCAUAUAAUUGAUAGCGUUUAUGUGAUAUCAAAUGCAAUAAAAGAAAUGCGCAGUAAAAUCAAUGCUAAUCUCACAAUGCCACCUGGUGAUUGUCGUAAUAUUGGACGCUCCCGAUGGACAGAUGGGGAUUUAUUCUAUGAUUUCUUACGCGGUCAAACAAUCAUUUUUGGAAAGACUGGCAAAAUAAGCUUCGAUGAACAUGGUGAUCGUUUGAAUGGUCAUUAUGAGAUUUGGAAUCAACAACCAAAUACCAACCCGAAUAGAACUUCAAACAAUCGAUUGGUCAAUGUCGGACAAUAUUAUUAUAAUCAAAGUGCUAUGAAAAUGACCAUAGAUAUUGAUGAAAAGAAAAUCGUUUGGCCAGGUAAUAAGACUGAAAAACCAAUCAGCUAUUCGACGCCCGCACAUUUGCGUAUUGCUACAUUGGCAGAGAUUCCUUUUGUAUGGGUAUUGCCCGUGAAUGAGCACAAAGGUUGCAGUGCUGGACAAGUUCCAUGUCCUAUUCGUAAGAAAAAUGGAAAAACUGGUCUAUAUUAUCAGGAAACCUUUUGUUGUGAAGGUUAUUGCAUUGAUUUAUUGAUACAAUUGGCUGCACAAUUAAAUUUUACUUACACAUUGCAUCAAGUAGAAGAUGGCUUUUAUGGAUCGUAUAGAUUCAAUGAUAAAACUGGUCACCAUGAAUGGACCGGUUUAUUGGGCGAACUUUAUUAUGAUCGGGCAGAUAUGGUGGUUGCUGCAUUAACAAUCACACCGGAACGUUCAUUAGCCAUCGAUUUCACAAAGCCAUUUAAAUAUCAAGGCAUAACCAUCCUACAAAAACAACAAGCCAUUCAUCGUCUUGGUCAUCCAUUAACGUCUUUUUUGCAGCCAUUUCAGAACAGCCUAUGGGUUUCCGUUUUUGUUGCCGUUCAUGUGGUUGCAUUAGCACUUUACCUUUUAGAUCGAUUCAGUCCAUUCGGACGUUAUAAAUUGCCUAAUUGUGAAACAAUCACAGAGGAAGAUGCUCUCAAUCUAUCAAGUGCUAUUUGGUUUGCAUGGGGUGUACUAUUCAAUUCAGGAAUCGGCGAAGGAACGCCACGAAGUUUUAGUGGACGUGUCCUUGGCAUGGUUUGGGCUGGCUUUGCCAUGAUAAUUGUCGCAUCAUACACUGCUAACCUAGCUGCCUUUCUUGUGUUGGAUCGACCCCAAACAGCAUUGAGCGGCAUCAAUGAUCCAAGACUUCGAACACCUCCUGAUGGUUUCAAUUAUUCAACAGUUCGCAAUAGUGCUAUCGAUAAUUAUUUUAAACGUCAAGUAGAACUAAAAUUAAUGCAUCAAAGAAUGUCUGAAAUAUUUUUCAAUAAUGUUGAGGAUGCGAUCGCCGCUGUCAAAUCUGGUACAUUAAGUGCAUUUAUUUGGGAUAGCGCUCGUCUUGAAUAUGAAGCUGCCAAUGAUUGUGAGUUGAUCAUUUCUGGUGAACAUUUCGGUCGAUCUGGUUAUGCUAUUGGUCUUCCAAAAGAUAAAAUCUAUUGGAAAGAUAAGGUAUCUCUAGCUUUGUUGGGCAUGCACGAAAGUGGUUUCAUGGAAGAUUUGGAUCAAAAAUGGAUCCUAUUGAAUGAACAAGUCUGUUCCAUCAGAACAGAGCAUUUUCCUCCCACUUUAGGCCUUAAAAACAUGGCUGGGGUGUUCAUACUGGUCGCCACGGGUAUACUUGGAGGUGUUGGUUUGAUUAUGUUUGAAAUUUUUUACAAACAACAUCAAACUCGUAAACAGAAGCGAAUGGAAUUGGCUCGUAAUGCAUUAGAUCGAUGGAAAGAAAUGGUUCAGAAACGUAAAUUACGAAAAGAGUCACUGAGAAUGGCUGCCCAACAACGAUAUCGUGACCAGCAAGUAUUACAUCGACGUCGACAACAACUAAGACAUAGUUCGAAAAGUUUAAGCGAUGAACGAUUUUCAACUUCAUCCUCUAUCGAAAUAACGGAUCCACAUGGACAUCAGCAUUAUCUGCAGCAACAACAGCAAUCACAACAAUCGGAAAGAUGCAAUAAUCUUUAUAAUGAUAAACAUUCGGAUUCUCGUCAUGGAGAAUUCAGUCGACCUUCAAAGCCCACCUAUUUGGAAUUGAAACACAUAAAUACUUCUAUUCUACCAUCAUCGGUAGCAGCUCAACAAGCUCAUCCACCGCCAACAUUGACAACAAGCCGACGAAUGUUCGAACAGGAACAACAUCCUGUUGCAAGUGCUCGUAUAUAUACGAAACCAAAACUUCGCCGUGAAUUUUCUAUAGCAUAUGAAACUAGUGAUAAUACUGGAAGUGCUGGCGAAGAUCCUAAUUUUUCACAACGCACAUCAUCAUUGUCGUCGGCACGAACCACCGAAAAGUAUGGUUCGAAUUUUGUAAAUAUAAUCUAAUAUAAUAUAAUUAAAUUUGUUUGCAAACAACAACAAAGAAAAAAUUGUAAUUUUAUUUCUGCUCUUCUUUUAUUUUUGGUUUUUAUUCCAAACAAUUGUAAAUAUAAUUGCUUAAUUUGACUAAUUGUGUUCAAUACAAUACAACAAUAAACGACUAAAACUAUUUCAUUAAU